CCACAUACUCAAGUACUCAACAUGACCCGACUUUUAUCUAGACUGUACGCUACCAUCACACUUACCUGUUAAGUCGUAAGUAAAGGUAAGUCCUGCAAAAUCUACAGGAGCUGGAGAUAGUUUUACAACGGUAUAUCAAAGGCUUUUUUGUUCCUAAGAAAUUUCUUCUAGACAAACGAUCACUUGGAAAGUUUUGUACAACAUAGCAACAGCACCAGCAUCCACAUAUUUUACAGAGAGUAAAAAGUAAAAAAAAGUAAUCUAGAAAAUGGGAAGUAACUUUAGACUGGUCUGAAACAAAUGGCAAACUUUGGCUGUUAGUUGCCAAAAACAAAACAAAAACAAACAAAAAAAAAAGAAAAAAAAAAGAAAAAAAACCCCCAGAGUAAACCGAGAUUUCAUGUCUAAGAUGGGCGACGCUUUGCCUCUCGAGAACACACUUCCACCUACAGCAUCGGGUACAUUGGCUGACAGUUUGCCUCUGCACCCAGAUCCUCCUCAAACAGAUAUCGCCACAGGUGACAUCAGCGAGAACCACAACAACAGCCACGACCCAGAACAGAGAGGACAAUACAACAACAUCUGUGACGAGACAACAGAAUCUGCAAGUGAAGAGAGAGAUCAGAAAGCCAGCUCUGACCUGACCAACGAGAAGAUCAGCGAUGUGAACGAGGAAGGAGACGAGGCGGAGAGAAAGGUACAAACUAACCUUGCAGCCAUGGCAGGUGAGCGAAGCAACCAGACCAACAACUCGACGAAAAUUGCGAUCAUAAGCCCUCCGACACUAUACGGCUUCGGCUUUAAGAAGUCCAACGUUGCAGACGAUGGGAAGGACGAUUACAACAAAGACGGUGAUCAUCAUCAGCAGCAGCAUCAACAACAACAGGUCUACCGACGCCGCUGGUACGUGCUGGCUGUGUAUUGUCUCUUCGCGUUAAACCAAGAGUGCGUGUGGAACACCUUCGGGCCCAUCUCUCAUUCCAGUGAACGGGUCUUUGGAUGGUCCAAUGGAGACGUCUUUCUCCUCACCAACUGGGGCCCCAUCACCUACAUCAUCAGUGGAGUUUUCUUCUCUUGGAUGAUCGAUGUUAAAGGUCUCCGAUGGUCCAGUCUCUCGUCCGCCUUCUUGGUUACUGUGGGAACCGCACUGCGCUGCAUCACCAUGGAAACACCUGCCGCCACAUGGCUCAUUCACACCGGUCAACUGCUCAACGGUCUGGGCGGCCCAGUGGCCAUGGGCGGGCCCCCGAUCGUGUCCGCCGUCUGGUUUCCCACCGAGGAGCGGGCCACCGCCACGGCCAUCGGCACCACCUUCAACUUCCUGGGUUUUGGCCUCUCCUUUCUUCUGGGACCCUAUCUUGUAGAUGAUUUUCCCAGCUCAGACGAAACAUUAAUGAAUUCUACUCUAUCUCCACUUCUCCAAAUGAAGAGGACAGGUUUUGUAGACAACACGACCUCUUCAGUGGUUCACGACGGAUUUAACUCGACAUACCCGGGAACGUUAAACACUUCGGAAGUUUCUGAGAUAAGCAAGAUAAGCGAUGACAUUCGACUCUACAUGAUCAUUGACGCCGCGUGGAGCGCUGCGCUCUUUCUAAUGAUUCUCAUCUACUUCCCCGCCAAGCCUCCUACUCCCCCAUGUACUUCAGCCGGCAUUCAGAGGGAAAACUUUCUCCACGGUCUCAAGCACCUACUCAGGCGGAAGCAGUUCUGGUUGGUGGCGUUUAUCUCCGGCGUCCCUAUCGGCGCCCUCAACUGCUGGCUGACUGUCAUCAGCGUGGACCUGGGUGCUCGUGGCAUCAGUGAGAAAGAAGCUGGUUGGAUCGGAUUUUACAGCAUUUUAUCAGCCGCUUUGUUGAUGCUGGUUAUUGGCAGGAUCGCUGAUGUGUUUGCUCGUGCAAUGAAGUGGUUCGUCUUUACCCUGUACCUCAUUGGCACCGUGGCCUUACUUCUUUUUGGACUGGCUUGUAUGGAUGUCGUGACUCCUUCAGUCGCUCUGUUCUACGCAACAGUAAUCAUCAGUGCGACUGUGCUCAACUCCACGAUACCCCUGAUUUAUGAACUGGCUUGUGAACUGGCUUACCCAACAGGGGAGGGAACUACAAACAUCGUGCUGACUAUUGUUUCCAGUGUGUCUGGGUUACUCUUCUUGUUUGUUGGCAUGAUCCAGUCUAUAGGAACUUUGUGGAUGAGCUGGACGCUGUUCGGGACGUGUGUCUGUUGUCUCCCCUUGCUGAUGUUGCUGAAGGAGCGGUUUGGCAGGCGCGACGUGGACGAGGCCUAUCCAAACAUCAGUGACAUCAACACAGAAAUCACUGUAGAGUCUGGAAACCUGUGACUUCAGAUGUCACCACACACGUUUAUGUUUGUGUUUUUUGCGAAACCUCUGGGAGCUCGCAUAACUGAAGAGGACAGUAUACUUAUCACAAUGAUUUAACAUGCUUUAGGGAUUUGGUAUUCUUACACACACACACGAUCUGAUUUUAGCCAAGUUAACGGUCGUAACAAGAAAGAGGAUGAGGUGUUAAGUGUUGAAGAAUCUCAACAUAACAUACUUAGAAUGUUGCCAGAAGUGUGACCAGCUGUAUGUUUUUUAGGUAUUGUGCAGUUACACCUUUUUUCUUUUCCCCGACUAAUCUUAAGUGGAAGAAAAUAGGUAAAAUAUGCGAUUUACAGCAGAGACAAUAUUUUAAAAGCAAAACAAAAGUCACUUUUGAUGAAUGCUGGACAAACAGACUUACAGGCUUUUGUGUAUACUUCAUCAUCAUGGGCAGAAAAACAUUUUACUGUAAUAGCUUGCUUGUUGAGGAUUAGACACCACUUUAUCCCCCGAUACUGUGACAAUAUAUAAUGAUUUUUAUCAAAAGCAAUUGUAACAUGAGGAAUAUUUUUAAUGUACACUUAGUCAUCAAUAAAAUCAACAUCAUUAAACUGUUCUUUAUGUCUUUUCAUUUACGUUUCUUUUUUUUAUUGGUUUUCUCUCUGCAGUCCAAAGAGAAAGAUAUUCUUACUCGUCAAAUGUACAGUGGGUGGUGGACUUAACGGAAUCGACAGCACUGUAAUAUUGAAGGCAAAAAUAGUACUGAUACGACUGGGAACCCUUUAAGAUGAGCAAAAUUGUUGUACAAAUUUGCAUGAUUUGUAUGUUUAAUAAAUAUUUACAUUUGUAUUUAAGU